AUGGCGUCAGAGUUGGACCUCGCGUCCACUUUCAUUCCCUCUCUUUACAAGCCCGCUUCUCUACUUCCAAUCGCGAGACACAGGCAGAGCCUGCUUUAUCUCGUGGAGACAUAUCCUGUCACCAUUGUGGUUGGACAGACUGGCAGCGGCAAGACCACGCAACUACCGCAGUAUCUGGAUCAAGCAGGAUGGUGUGCAGAUGGGAAAUCCAUAGCGGUCACGCAGUUACAGCCGCGCCGUGUUGCGGCCACAACCGUGGCUACCAGAGUGGCCGAAGAAAUGCGUUGCAAAGUUGGUGAGGAAGUAGGCUACUCGAUCCGCUUCGAAGACUUGACUUCGGUAUCAACAAGGAUCAAAUUCUUGACUGACGGGAUGCUUCUUCGAGAGGCUCUUGUAGACCCUCUUCUGUCCCGGUAUUCUGUAAUCAUGGUGGACGAGGCGCAUGAGAGAUCUCUUAGCACUGAUAUCCUCCUGGGUAUUCUCAAGAAGAUUUUGAAGAGACGCCCUGAGCUGAGGAUCAUCGUCAGCAGUGCGACCUUGCAAGCUGAAGAGUUUCUGCGCUUCUUCGCCGGUGAUGAAUUCAAAGAGGAUUCGGACCCUAGUGAAAUGGGAGGGAGUGUUGGAAGGAUCAUCAGCCUGGAGGGACGGAUGUAUCCUGUCGACAUUCUUUUCCUAGAGUCCCCAGCCGAAGACUACCUGGAACGUGCUGUCAAAACGGUGUUCGAUAUCCAUCUGCAGGAGGCAGAAGGCGACGUGUUAGUUUUCCUUACGGGUCGCGAAGAAAUCGACACGGCGGUUCAGAUGAUUUCAGAGCGUGCUGCGACCCUGCACCCAAAGGCACCAUCUCUACUACCUCUGCCACUCUACUCUGGCCUCAGCACCGAUCAACAGAUGUAUGUUUUUGAGCCAGCCCCGGAAAAUACGCGCAAGGUCAUCGUGUCAACAAACAUCGCCGAGGCGUCAGUCACAAUCAAUGGCAUAGUCUACGUGGUUGAUUGUGGAUUCGCAAAGCUCAGAGCCUAUAACCCCAGCACUGGUAUCGAAACAUUGACCGCAGUACCUAUAUCGAAAGCCGCAGCAGUUCAGCGCGCUGGUCGAGCGGGACGAACGAAACCAGGAAAGUGCUUUCGCCUCUACACACAGCAAGCAUAUGAGCAGCUGCCAGAAGCUACUGUCCCCGAGAUCCAGCGGUCAAACUUAGCCCCUGUGAUCAUGCAACUCAAGGCUCUUGGUAUAGAUAAUAUAGUGCGCUUUGAUUUUCUGACUUCUCCGCCUGCGGAUCUUGUGAUCCGUGCCUUCGAGCUUCUUUAUUCUCUCGGGGCGGUGGACGACUAUGCGAAGCUUACCAAGCCUCUGGGUACGCGGAUGGCAGAGCUGGCAGUGGAUCCGAUGAUGUCCAAAGUUCUGCUUUCCGCCCAGUCUUUCGGCUGUUUGAGCGAAAUUCUUACCAUUGCCGCCAUGGUCAGCCUCCAGGGAUCCGUGUGGGUGCAACAUGAUGGGGACAGGAAGAUGGCCGAGAGCAGUCGGCGCAAGUUUGCCGUCGAAGAGGGCGAUCAUUUGACCUAUCUUAACGUAUACCAGGCAUUUGUCACGAAAGGCAAGAAGGACUCCAGGUGGUGUCGGGACAACCUUCUGAAUUAUCGAUCUAUGCAACGCGCUGUAAGCGUCCGGUCUCAGCUGAAGCGGUAUCUUGAACGAUUCGGUAUUCAAGUGGAUGAAAGCCUUGCUUCCAGUUACAAACCAGCGGAACUCGGUAAACCCUCUGAGCAGAUCCAAAGAUGCCUCACGACUGGUUAUUUUGCCCACGCAGCAAGAAUGCAGCCCGAUGGGACUUUUAGGACGGUUAGCGGUGGUCUUACAUUGCAUGCACAUCCCAGCUCAUUGAUGUUUAAUCGAAAAGCAGACUGGGUCAUCUUCCACGAAAUAUUGCAAACGGGCGAAAAGACGUAUAUUCGGGAUAUCACGAAGAUCGAAAAAAGCUAUCUUCUGGAGUAUGCACCCAACUACUAUAAGGUCCAAUGA